UGACGUUCCUGUUCGCGACGCGAGAGAGCGCGCGAAUUGAUCUCGUGCGUGUUUUGAUGGUUUUCGUGGUUUCCUGUUAAAGAAGGAAAAGAAGAUGGCUGGUGCAGUGCUGCAGUGUCCUGGAUAUCCUGAAGAUAAACUCCAGACUUUAACAGAAGAGCUGCCGUGUAGAGAAGUGCAGGCAGGAACCCUGCUCAGCCUGAUGGGAGAGCCGGAUCAGUACAGCUACCCAUCAGUGUUCAUCUACGGCCACCGAGCGUCAGGAAAGAGUCACGUCCUCCUCACGCUGCUCACACAGCUGCAGGUCCCCCACGCUGCAGUGAGCUGUGUGGAGUGUGUAUCAGCAGGACUGAUGUUCGAGCAGGUUUUAUCGGCUCUGUUCGGGCCAGACGCCGCGUCUCUCCUCCCGCGCUCUCCUUCCCUCUCGGACUUUGUGCGGAUCUACAGACAGGCGUGCGUUCAACACCCUGCUCAACAAACCCGCUACAUCGUCGUGGAGAAAGCGGAGCUGCUCAGGGACAUGGAGGCCAACCUGCUGCCUGCUCUGCUGCGCCUGCAAGAGCUGGUGGAUGAUAACGUGACGGUUUUCCUGCUUAGUGAGAUCGUGUGGGAGAAGUUCCGCCCCAACACCGGCUGUUUUGAACCUCUGUUGCUGCACUUCCCUGAUUACACUAAAGCUGAACUCCUGCACAUUCUGUCCCGAGAUGUUCACCCAUCAUACACACCUGAUCUGUACACGUCAUACAUCAACAUCCUGCUCGGGGUUUUCUACUCUGUGUGCAGAGACCUGAGGGAGCUACGCCACCUGGCCGCAUUAAAUUUCUCUAAGUUCUGUGAGCCUUUGGAGAAAGGAGAAGCCAGAGAAAGCGACACGCACAGGCUGUGGAGGAACAUCGAGCCUCACCUGAAGAAGGCCAUGCAGAGUGUGUACCUAAGAGAGGUGUCCAGUGUUCAGUGGGAGCAGCAGCAGGUGGAUGAGAAGGAAGCUACACCUCUCCGAGGUUUAUCAGCUCACGCUCAUGUCGAAUUGCCUUAUUACUCCAAAUUCCUGCUGAUUGCAGCCUAUCUGGCCUCCUAUAAUCCAGCCAGGACGGACCGACGCUUCUUCCUCAAGCAUCAUGGGAAAAUGAAGAAAACCAAUUUCCUGAAGAAACACGAAAAAACCAGUAAUCACCUGUUGGGGCCGAAGCCGUUUCCUCUGGACAGGUUGUUGGCGAUCUUCUACAGUGUGGUGGACAGUCGCGUCGCUCCGACGGCCAGCGUCUUCUCUCAGAUUUCCUCUCUGGUCACACUGCAGCUCCUCACUCAGGUGGGACACAACGACCAGCUCGACUCUCCUAAAUACAAGUGCGCCGUCUCCCUCGACUUCAUCCUCGCCAUUUCCAGAACGGUGAGCUUUGACAUUGUGAAGUACCUGUAUGACUUCCUGUGAAGGAAACCACUUUCUGAUUGGACAGCAAGCUCAGGAACACUCUGAGUGAAGUGGGAGGGGCUUGGACUGUCGGCUGUGAUUGGCCGAAUCAGGACACGUCAGCAGGAACUCUAUCAAUCUCGCUUCACGCAUUUCCGCUUGGAAGGAACCGUGGUGAUUUGUGGGCGGAGCACUGGUUCUAUAUGUUCGAAUAAACAAUAAAUCCAGAUAUUAUCUUUCAGUUUGGAGAUGAUGUUUAGCCUCAGGUAUUUAAAUCUUAAUAAAAGCACUUAUCCUCACGGAUGUCCCACAUAAAGCUCACAAGGACAAAUGUGUUUCUGGUUUUGGAUUCAGUGUGGAAGUGGGCGUGGUCUAAAAUCCAGCUUUCACUACUAUGUAGUGACUGUAGUUCGACUUUGCGCUGUCCUGGAUGCUGUUAAUGUUGUACUGCUUAUAAUAAAUAUCGUUUUUCACAUUUAAACCUUAAA